CCAAACUGUUCUUUAUAUUUCCACUUUUCUCUUCCAAAUCGAAGGAGAAAACUAUCGGAAUCGAUACAUCAAUUGAUCGGAAUCCUCUCUCCGACCUCUGAUUUCGAUAUCAAGCAGAUCGUCUCUGGCCAAAUCCUCUAACCGUCGUUAUUCAUCAUCUAACGAAGUAUAAGUAGAUAUUAACGUUGUCCUCGAGGAGGAAAUGCGUAGCCGGGGAUCCAACAACCGGCUAUCUUCUUCACGUUCGGCAUUUCGAUGGAGAAUUUCGUCUCUCGUUCUUUCGAUGUUUGCCACCAUGGCUGCCUUCUUCGUUGCCUGCCGAUUGUGGCAGGAGGCAGAGUCUAGGGUUUAUCUAGUUAAAGAGCUUGAUAGGAGAACUGGUCAGGGGGAGUCGAUCAUUUCUGUUGAUGACACAUUAAAAGUCAUAGACUGCAGGGAACAACAAAAGAAGUUAUCUCUGCUUCAGAUGGAGCUAGAAGAAGCCAAGAAGGAAGGAUAUGUUUCUAAGCAUCUCAUAGAAACUAAGGGCACAAAUGAAAAGAAGAAGCUUCUUGCUGUUGUAGGAAUACUUACAGGAUUUGGUCGCAAACACAACAGAUAUGCAAUCCGUAAGGCAUGGAUGCCUACUGGGACAGCUCUAACAAAGCUGGAAGACGAGAAGGGCAUAAUUAUAAGAUUUGUUAUAGGCAGAAGCUUGAAUCAUGGAGACAAUUCAGACAGGGACAUCAACAAUGAGAACAUAAAGGAGAAGGACUUCCUUAUUCUUAAUGAUCAUGUGGAGACAGCGGAGGAGAAGCCAAAAAAGACUAAGUUGUUCUUUAUUGAUGCAUUAGAACACUGGGAUGCAGAGUUCUAUGUAAAGGUCAAUGAUGACAUUUAUCUAAAUAUUGAUGCCCUUGGUGCUAUUCUUUCAAACCACGUGGAUAAGCCUCGUGCCUAUAUUGGGUGUAUGAAAUCUGGCGGUGUUUUCUCCAAGCCGACCGACAAAUGGUAUGAACCAGAGUGGUGGAAAUUCGGGGAUAGAAAAUCAUAUUUCCGACAUGCUUCUGGGGAAAUAUUUGCCGUAUCACAAGCCUUGGCUCAGUUUAUCUCAAUUAACAAGUUGAUACUUCGUUCAUAUGCCCAUGACGAUGUCAGCGUCGGAUCAUGGUUGAUUGGCCUUGAUGUGAAGCAUGUUGAUGAAGGGAAGUUUUGUUGCUCAUCUUGGUCUUCAGGGGCCUUAUGUGCGGCUUCUUGAGGAGUUCAAUUAUCGCGUUUUCUCAAGAACCUGACGGAAGUUUG